GCUCGGGCGGGUGCCGGUCUCCUACGCGCACACAGUAAAGGCAACAAUGCCAAUAUGGGUAGUUCUGCUUUCAAGAAUUAUAAUGAAAGAAAAACAGACUACAAAGGUGUAUUUAUCGCUGAUACCUAUAAUCAGUGGUGUUCUUCUGGCCACAAUCACUGAACUCUCAUUUGAUAUGUGGGGUCUCAUCAGUGCUCUUGCUGCUACACUCUGUUUUUCGCUUCAGAACAUCUUCUCCAAAAAGGUGUUGAGAGAUUCCCGAAUACAUCAUCUUCGGCUGCUGAACAUACUUGGAUGUCAUGCUGUGUUCUUCAUGAUCCCAACAUGGGUUUUAGUGGAUCUUUCUUCCUUUCUAGUAGAGAAUGACUUGAGUACUGUGUCCCACUGGUCCUGGACCUUAAUGCUGCUCAUAAUAAGUGGAUUUUGUAACUUUGCCCAGAAUGUCAUUGCCUUCAGUAUUCUUAACUUAAUCAGCCCAUUAAGUUACUCUGUUGCAAAUGCCACAAAAAGGAUCAUGGUUAUUACAGUUUCCCUUAUAAUGCUUCGAAAUCCAGUCACCAGCACCAAUGUCCUUGGGAUGUUGACUGCAAUCUUAGGGGUAUUCUUGUAUAAUAAGACAAAAUAUGAUGCGAAUCAGGAAGCAAAGAAGCAGCUACUUCCAGUUACUACUGGAGACCUUGUGACUCUGGAACGCCACCGGAACACUCCUGAAAAGUCUCAGAAUGGACUUAUGACAUUUGCACAACAUGGAGACUACCAGUAUGGCCGAACCAGUGUCUUAACAGAUCACUUUCAGUAUAACAGGCAAAACUAUCCAACCACAUACAGCUUAAAUCGGUAUGAUAUAUAGGAUUCUGAUAAGCAGGUAUAGACUGUAACAUGGAGUUUCCCUAGCAUUAUCAGAGACUUCUGGCAUGCCUUUGAACGUAAAGCUGUAGAUUGUAUGGGUUCUGCAGAGGGGAAGAUGCAUGUGUAUCAAAAGUGGUACAGACUUUCAUCUUCAGUGAAGCAGGUCUGUAAACACGAAACAAUUAGAUCAGACACUGGAAAGUAGUGUACAAUAUAGUUCUUGUACAGAGAUUCUGGUGAAAUGCAAGUGUAAAACUCCAGCAUAAAUACUUGCUGUUGUAUUUGCUUUGAGCCUGUCAACUGACCGCCAUUUUGGCAGUUAAAGUGUGGCCAGUAUUUCCUUUCUGUGAUAGCAAUUCAAUCUUUAACCUGUGUUUUUAUUUUAUUUUAAUGGUAUGCGGCUCAUUACUGUCCAAAUGCAAGCUAUGAUACUUUUUGGAGAUAGGGCUUGUCAGUUGGAGGGGAAUUGAAUUGUGUCUUUAAAAAAAGCAGAGGGGUAGAUCUGAAUUUCAAGUUCCACAGGUUUAAAACUUCAUGUUGAUAUUAAAUGUGUACUUCUAACUUGAGUUUGCAAUGAUCACCACAGAGCCAGGCUUUUAAAUUGGUACUACAUUCUUGUUCUCUGCAAUAAUCUUGAAGUACAACUUUUGUUUAGGCAUAGAGAACUAAUUUGGCUCUAAAAUAAUCUGACAUUAGUUAUCAAUAGCAACUUGAUAGUUUUCAUUCUUUGACUAAUGAAGUUGUGUAACUUUUUCAGUAGUUACUCUUUAUCUGAGAAGAGAAAACACCUUAAUAUUUGGAACAAGGCUGUUUUCCUGUGACUGCUCUGCACUUGUUUUUUGUAAAGCUAGCUUGUUAUCAUGUUGAGUUGGGAGAUGCUUCAGGAUUGUGUGUUUUCUCCCUUUUUUUAAUUGUAAGAAUUAUAUGCUAUCAUAUGACUUAAGUUUUAUGAAUGUGGAUUUGAUUGUCUACAAAAUCUAUUUCUUGGACCCCAAUUACAUUCUGUGUUUCCCCUACUUAGUGCUACUAGAGUAAUUGUGUAUGUUCUGCCUGACUUGUAUGUUCAUAUUUAUGGACACUAAUAUUUGUUUAUAUCCAUUUUUCCUCCUGUAGCACCUUUCACUUGAAUAAUGAAUUAUCAUGAGAGAAUUGUUCUUGAGUUGACUGAGUAUGUAAAAUUGCCAGAAAAUGUGUUGGAUUUUAUUUUGCACUUUUAGCAUAAAUGAAAGUGCUUUGACAAAACAUGAAGUUUUGUUGAUGACUUAUGACAGAUACUGAGUGUCUGUGAUAAAAGAAGCCAUCUGAGCUUUGAUAAAUAGAAACUAUUUUGGCAAAGAUGAUUAUCUUCAGGCCUCCUCUCCUGGAGAGGAACUCAUCAUAUAAUGGGCUAAGAUUCUGCAGGAGAAGUGCUUGGUGCAUUCUUGGUCACUGGACAAACAUCAAUGACACACUUUAGUAGUGGGUAGAUGGACGUUAGGAAAAACUUAUUAACUGUUGGGGUGGUUAAGCA